AUGUCUACCAGCACUUGUAGUUUCAAGGACCGGUGCGUGUCCAUCCUGUGUUGCAAAUUCUGUAAACAAGUGCUCAGCUCUAGGGGAAUGAAGGCUGUUUUGCUGGCUGAUACUGAAAUAGACCUUUUCUCUACAGACAUCCCUCCUACCAAUGCUGUGGACUUCAUUGGAAGAUGCUAUUUCACUGAAAUCUGCAAAUGUAAACUGAAGGACAUCGCAUGUUUAAAAUGUGGGAACAUUGUAGGUUAUCAUGUGAUCGUUCCAUGUUGUUCCUGCCUUCUUUCCUGCAACAAUGGACACUUCUGGAUGUUUCACAGCCAGGCAGUUUAUGAUAUUAACAGACUAGACUCUACCGGUGUAAACUUCCUACUUUGGGGCAACUUGCCAGAGAUAGAGGAAAAUACAGAUGAAGACACAUUAGAUAUCUCAGCAGAGGAGUGUAUUCGAUGA